AAUGCAAAGGUCGGCCUGCAGUUCUGCUUCUCUCCAUCAGGGGGCAGCACAACCACAAACCACCGCCUGCACCGGAGGAAGCAAACCGAAACUCCUCAAUGAGUUCACCUUCACAUAAAUAGUUUGUCCCCACUUCUCCCAAGAUCUAUUUAACCUUUGGCGUUGUCCCGACAAAAUGAAUGGCUCUCUGCACCCUUCGUCCAACGAGGUGGACAUAAGCCUGAAGCGAGGAUCGGCAGGUUUGGGAUUCAAUAUCGUUGGGGGCGUGGAUCAGCAGUAUGUAGUGAAUGACAGCGGCAUAUACGUGUCCAAAAUUAAAGAAGAUGGAGCUGCAGCUUUGGAUGGAAGACUCCAGGAGGGGGACAAGAUCCUGGCGAUCAACGGAGUCAAGCUGGAGGAUCUGACACAUCGAGCGACAGUGGAUCUGUUCAGGACGGCGGGCGAGGACGUGGAGCUGCGUGUUCUGAAAAAGUCUGCCCAUCACAUGAACGGACCCACAGGCUCACACCCGGACCACAACUCUUCUGCAUCUUCUCUGGGAAUACUGGCUGUUUUAGCGGGAGCCGCGGCCAUCUGUGCUUUCCUUUACAUGCGGCACCAUAGGAGGCACUUUUAACCGAGCUGAUCUCGUCUGUAUAUUAUUUUAAAGAUCAAAAAAAUGUCGCUAAGGGCCAAAGAAAAGAACGAGAGAAGAAACUCGAAACGGGAGACGUUAUUUGAUUAGUAGCUGUUGGUGUCACCGAUGAGUUUCUCCAUGGUUAUGUGUAUAAUGUGAUUAAUGGUAGCUUCUUGACACCCUUCCUAUGCAAAAGGAUGCUCUUUUACCACAAGGAUAACUUUAAAUAUAUAACUUUGUGAUUGUAAGGAGUAGAAGGAGGAUGUAUGCACGACAUUCCUGCAGCUGGGCUGAGCUCAGGCAGAAAGAAGCAGCUGCCCGUAUACAGAAGUUGCAUGCAGAAUACUAUUAAAUCCCUGGGUCAAGUCAGACCGGCUUCAGGGUGCAUUCACAAACUGAGAGACAGUGUUUCUCUCUCUCUCCCUCCCUUUUCUGCACUUCCAUGACUGAAUGGCAGAUCUGUGUGAGGGCCGACGGGAGAGGAACUCACUGUACUUUCAGUUUGUCUGUUUAAAAAUUUAUGGUUUGAUUUUCAUUUUGCACUGUUGCUCAGAAUCAUGGGAGGAGCCGCAUAUCUGCUGCGCUGAAAAAGCCUGCAGUUAAUAAGAUAAAAUUGUGUCCCGUAAUGGACUUCAGAGUGCCUUUUUUCUGUCUAUUCCAAGUAAUAGUGGUGUUGUUGCUCCUUUUAUCAUGAUCAAAAUGAAAAUCAACCCACUGCAUCCAUUAAUGCAUUAAAUUUAAGGAUGCUGCUAGAAAUAAUCUCUAUUUUCUUCUUGUCAACAAAUCCUGUAAAAAGGCCCAAACCAACAGGGAGUUAGUCCUUUGCUUAAUAUUUUCUGACUUCCUCAGCCACAAGCCCAUUUCUUCAAAUCUUCAAAAACAAAUUUAUAGUUUCAUUUUUAGAAAUAGCUCCUUAAAAAUCUGGGUGCUGUAGUUUUUUGCGAACGUUACUCAAACAGGUGAAAAUAGUUCAUUUGUUGGGCACUAUUUUCAGCUGCGGAUGAAUACACAUUUGGUGCUCUAGUGAGUAUUUACAGCAGCAGGACUCCAAAUAAACUACAGUGCCAGUGUUUAAAGGUAGUUUUGGGGCAAUAAAUGGAGCUCUACAGGGUAGAGAAAUAAGAUGAUACUUGUUCAUAAAAUAACUCCAGUGUUGGUUGUCGUCCUUCGAUGGGAUUUGUUGACAGAAAAUGACAGAUUUCACCAGAUUUAUCCUUUUAAAAGCAAAAUGCAUGAGUUCAAAGUAUCACCAAGUAUUUUCACUUUGAAGAGUUUAUUAUAAAGUGUCACACGGUCACUCAGGGUGAACCAUUUAAUCUUUAUCUCAGAAACAAAUCAUUGCUUCAUAAAUAUUCAUUCAAUUAUAUAUAUAUAUCAUGAUGUGAGCAGCUCGUUUAUUAAUGCUCAGUCGCAGCUGAAGACUCUCUGAAAGAUGUUUGUGUUGGGCAUCACAGUCAUUGUUAAACAUUUUGCAUUGAGGCUUAUAAUCACAUCGCACUUUCCGCUCAGUGAUUGGUGAGAAUUGGUUUGUGAUGGAGUUGUUGUGUGAAGGAUCAGCAGCUUAAUACUGAAAAGCAGCUCAAGAACGUUCAAUGUAAAGGAGUUUUUUAAUGAAAUUAGUUGCUGUCAACUUCAAAAUGUUUUUUUGCACUAGCCACAAUCAUGGAACUCCCCCAGUAGCUUCCAUUGAACAGAUGAAUAAGUGAAUUGUGUGUGCUGGGUGUAUUUGUCCACAUUUGUAAGUCUAUCAAUGGUGGCUGUUAGAAUUGUCUGUAAAUACAUUUCAUGUCGCUCUGCUGAGUGGGAUUGUGAAUAUGUGCAGUAUGCCAGAAACACAGAUCAGAGAAGCACUAAUAAAUGAUGCAAAAUACUGUGUGUUUUACAUCCAAACACCUACUGUAUUAAAAUUCAUGUUGAAUUAA